GAAGUUUUACGUCGAAAUAUUUUUUAGUUAAUCGUGCGAUUUGUGUAGUUUGAUGGUUUCAGGUUCAGAUUAUAGCUUCUUUGUUAGUUUUGAUUAACUGGGAUCAUUAUUUUUUCUUUUUCUUUUUUUUUUCAAUUUUCAUCUUGCUUCUUGAACGUGAUAUUGUACAAAUUGAGAUGACAAGUUUCCUGUUUGCAUUAAAUUACUGAUAUAGAAUUUGCGUUUAUUGUUUAAAUUUUGAAUGUAGACUUUUUAAUCUGUUGAGUUGAGAAUUUUCUUGAGUGAUCGGUAUUUGUCGAGAAGCUACGUUGAGUGUGCUGAAAUUUGAAGAUAUCUGGAGCACUUGUUUGGUGGAAAAUGAGCCCCACUGGUUAUACAGCAGAAGUUACAAGCUUGUCUCCUAAUGCGACAGAGAAGGAUGUUUAUGAUUUUUUUGCUUUUUGUGGUGCGAUCGAACAUGUAGAAAUUGUCAGAGCUGGUGAAUAUGGAUGCACAGCUUAUGUUACAUUCAGAAAUUCUCAUGCUCUGGACACUGCCGUCCUUCUCAGUGGAGCAACCAUUGUGGAUCAACCAGUAUGCAUAGCCAGAUGGGGACAGUAUGAAGAUGACCAUGACCUCUGGAAUCAUUCUUCAUGGCGUAUUGAAGAUGAAAGUAGUACAGCUGAUUCUCAAGGCCCCCGAGUUGUUCCUUCUGCUGGGGAAGCCAUGUCAUUGGCUCAAGAUGUAGUCAAAACGAUGGUAGCUAAAGGAUACGUACUCGGAAAAGAUGCAUUGGGCAAGGCAAAAGCAUUUGAUGAAUCUCAUCAGGUAUCAGCAACUGCAGUAGCCAAGGUUGCAGAGUUGAGCGAAAGAAUCGGUCUGACAGAUAAGAUAUUUGCUGGGGUUGAAGCCGCCAGAAUUGUGGACCAGAGGUACUGCAUUUCCGAUACUACAAAAUCAGCAGUGGCUGCUACCAGCAGGACUGCAGUUUCUGCAGCAAAUGCUGUGGUUAAUAGUAGUUACUUCUCUAAGGGAGCUUUAUGGGUAUCCGGUGCUCUAAGCCGAGCUUCUCAAGUUGCUGCCGACUUGGGUAGUCGUGGUGUUAACAAAUGAAAACCUUUGGCCCAGUAUAGUUUUAUUCCGUGCAUCAUUGUGUAGCUGUUCUUGAUGUGAGCUCAUCCUGUAUAUACUUGGUGUUGGUAUACUAUAGAUCUUAGGCACUGUAGGAAUUCUUGUUCCCCUCUUCACAGUGCGCUUCCUGCAUGGUUUAACUUGCGGACAAUUACAGAUUCUUUGGAGCUGUAUCGUUACAUGUAUGGGUUCUCGAAGACUUACCAAUCCAAAAACCUUCAUCUAA